GGCUGGGCAGUCGGCGAGAGGCUGCGCCUGCGCAGAUAAAACGAGCGGGAGGAGGCUGUUUGGCGCCUGCGCACAGCGAUUGGGAGAGGCCAGGCGGAGACCAAGAUGGCGGCCUAAGGCUGCGGCCGCCAACGCCACCGAGUGUGAGCGACGUCGCCGCCGCCGCCAUGGCCCGGCACAGGAACGUCCGAGGCUAUAACUACGACGAAGAUUUUGAAGAUGAUGAUCUUUAUGGCCAAUCAGUAGAAGAUGAUUGUUGUAUUUCCCCUUCAACAGCUGCUCAGUUUAUUUACUCAAGACGUGACAAACCCUCAGCAUUUGCUGAGCGAUUAGAAGAGUAUGGCUAUGAAGAUGCAGAAGAACCUGCCAAGAAUAUUACAUCCAAUCACCAGCUAACUGGAGUUGAUCAAGCUCGUCUUUAUUCGUGCCUUGACCAGAUGAGAGAAGUGCUGGGGGAAACUGCACCAGAGCAGGUGAUGGUGGAAGCAGUGUUGAAUAGUAAAUUUGAUGUACAGAAGGCUUUGGAUCUUGUGCUUGCACAAGACAGUAAGCAAAAUGUGAAGACCAAGAAUGAAGAAGCUGUGAUUACAGGAAAGACAACAAAAGGAAAACCAAGAGAUUCCCAGUCAACCAGAAUCGAUUCUAAAAUUGUGCCGAAAGUUACCAAAAUGACUGUGUCUGGAAAGAAACAAGCUAUGGGAUUUGAAGUUCCAAGUGUGAUUGCUGAAGAGAAUGGCCAUAGUGCUAAUACACCUCAAAAAAGACCAUCAUCUGAAGAUUCCAGUGUCACUUCUGGAGUAGUUGAGUUGGUCUCUAAAUCAGCUCUUCCAUCCCAAACAAUUCAGAUUCCAGAAGAGCAGAGUACAGUACCUACUCCAGUGAAAAAGUCUAGCAAGACAAGACAACAAAUAGAUGUGAAAGCAGAGCUGGAGAAGAGGCAAGGAGGAAAACAGCUGCUGAAUUUAGUGGUAAUAGGACAUGUUGAUGCAGGUAAAAGUACUCUAAUGGGUCAUUUACUCUACCUUCUGGGCAACGUGAACAAACGAACUAUGCACAAAUACGAGCAGGAAUCCAAAAAGGCUGGCAAAGCUUCAUUUGCUUAUGCAUGGGUCUUGGAUGAAACUGGGGAAGAAAGAGAAAGGGGAGUAACAAUGGAUGUGGGUAUGACCAAAUUUGAGACAAAGACUAAAGUUAUUACAUUGAUGGAUGCUCCGGGCCAUAAAGAUUUCAUCCCAAAUAUGAUCACAGGAGCUGCACAGGCUGAUGUGGCUAUCUUGGUUGUGGAUGCCAGCAGGGGGGAGUUUGAAGCAGGGUUCGAGACUGGUGGACAAACUCGAGAACAUGGGUUAUUGGUUCGCUCUCUUGGAGUAACACAACUGGCAGUUGCAGUCAAUAAAAUGGACCAGGUCAAUUGGCAACAGGAGAGAUUUCAGGAAAUUACCAGUAAACUUGGCCAGUUUCUUAAACAAGCUGGCUUUAAGGAGUCCGAUGUAGCUUAUAUCCCUACAAGUGGUCUUGGUGGUGAAAAUCUAGUCACAAGCUGUCAAUCAAGUGAACUCACUGAAUGGUAUAAGGGAAAAUGUUUGUUAGAACAAAUUGAUUCUUUCAAGCCACCACAGAGAUCAGUGGAUAAACCGUUUAGAUUAUGCGUAUCUGACGUUUUUAAAGACCAAGGAUCAGGAUUUUGUGUGACUGGUAAAAUAGAAGCAGGCUAUAUUCAGACUGGAGACCGACUUCUGGCUAUGCCUCCCAAUGAAACUUGCACUGCAAAAGGAAUCACACUGCAUGAUGAACCAGUUGAUUGGGCUGCAGCAGGAGAUCACGUUAGUCUCACUUUGACCGGCAUGGAUAUCAUCAAAAUCAAUGUUGGCUGUAUAUUUUGUGGUCUCAAGGAACCCAUCAAAGCCUGCACUCGUUUCAGAGCUCGAGUCCUCAUCUUUAAUAUUGAUGUCCCCAUUACUAAAGGAUUCCCUGUGCUUUUACACUAUCAAACCGUAAGUGAGCCUGCCACUAUUAGACGAUUAUUGAGUAUCCUUCACAAGAGUACUGGCGAAGUCACAAAGAAAAAACCUAAGGUCCUGACUAAAGGACAGAAUGCUUUAAUAGAACUACAAACACAAAGGCCUGUUGCCCUGGAAUUGUACAAAGAUUUUAAAGAACUUGGAAGGUUUAUGUUACGCUACAGCGGGUCCACUAUAGCUGCAGGAGUUGUCACAGAGAUUAAAGAAUGACAGUGGUGCUAAGACUUCCAUCACCCAACCAAAAUGCAAUCAGCCAUCCGAACUGCUUUCCGAAUCCAGUUACUUCAGUUGAAGGAACUAAGUGCAAUUAAGUUUAAAAAAAAAAUUAAAUCCACAUUGGACAUUUAGUGAACUUUUUAUCAGUCUCUGCCUAUUGGGAAACAAAAUGCCAACUGACAUGGAAAUGCUAAUGUUGCACAAUCUCAUUUCAAAAAUUUCCAUAUUUCUCUUUGUGAAAUUCACCCCACAUUUGCAGCUCACAGAGCUUUAUGGAAACUUGAUUGGAAAGAUGCAUUAGAAGAAAAGAUUGUUUCAUGAAGAUUCACCAUCUUUCCACUUCUAGCCAUAUACUGUUUACAUUUUUUUCUUUGAUUUGGUCAUUGCUGCACAUUAAUCCAGAAAGUAACUUAAUUGGUCUAAUAUAUUUUAAGGUUUGAGAUGGAUGCAUUUUCAGGGAAAAAAAUAACUGUUUACUUCAGUUUCAGAGAAUGGUAUGUAGUGUCAUCACAAGAUUAUUUCCCCAUCCCAAAAUUUAUUUAAAAAAGAAAGUUUAAUUUCAUGUGUAGUGGAAGCUGUGCCAACGACUAAUUUUAUUUUUGAAGUGUAAAAAUAUAAUAAAGUAGCCUGGUCUAAGCAUAAUAUGUUUUGCCUCCUUCAAACCGUAUUAUUUAAUGUAAACCCUUCCUAAAUUCCAUUAAACUGAGUAUAAUUUUGCAGGACAAAAUGUUUCUAUGUAAACAUAAAAUAAAACUAGAAACUGCAUACUUA